AUGGAUAGAGAUGUCCCCACGUCAGCUUGUACGUCUAAGGAUUUCUGCUCCGCCAGUCUGCCUCAAAGUGACUGUAGUGCAGCGUCGCGGAGGAACUAUGCGAGGAUUAUUGUGAGACGUUUCCAACAGCAGAAUAUGGAUUUUGAUGAACGGAUCUCUGGCUCCAAUAUGUAUUUACCGAGCUGCACUUACUACGUCUCCGGAACAGACUUCUCGGGUCUCCCUCAUUAUUUAACCCAGAGCCAGUCGUCUUGCCCCAUGACAUACUCCUAUCAGUCCUCAGCUCUGCCACAGGUCCCGUCCGUGAGAGAUGUGGCUUUCAGAGACUAUGGCAUCGAUACUUCAAGUAAAUGGCACCACAGCAGGGGGAGCCUGUCACACUGCUAUGCUGAGGAUAUCGUGCACAGGGACAGCUGGGCGAACCCGACCUCACGGGGGGGAGAGAUCCUGGUGAAAGGCGGCUCCAGCGCCAGCCACCCCAGCUCCUCCACACGGGCGCCCGGCUUCUACGGCAGCGUUGGCAGGAACGGCGUCCUGCCGCAGGCGUUCGAUCAGUUUUUCGACACAGCCUACGGGGGCGCAGAGAACAGCACGACGCCGACGGCGCAGGCACCGGACACGGACACGCCCGCCGAGACGAGCCCCGCUCCCGCACACCCUGGCUCGGACACGGCGGAGAGCUGCAGCCCCAAGUCGUCCUCCGGCCACAGCGAGGAGAAGCAGAGCAAAAGCAGCAGUGGCCAGAGGACGCGCAAGAAGAGAUGUCCAUACUCCAAAUAUCAGAUCAGGGAACUAGAGAGGGAAUUCUUUUUCAGCGUUUACAUCAACAAAGAGAAGCGUCUGCAGCUCUCACGGAUGCUCAAUCUGACAGAUCGCCAGGUCAAAAUUUGGUUUCAGAACAGGAGGAUGAAGGAGAAGAAACUGAACAGAGACCGUUUACAGUACUACACAACAAACCCCCUGCUAUAAAAACUGAACAAAAGACUGCGAUCAUGAGCACCCUCAACACAUCUAGAUCAUUACCUGGACAGGAAGACGGGUUUUAAUGCGCCAGGUUCCAUAAAGUAUUCUUCUAUUCAUCAAUUUUGUCAUUAAACACAACCGGUAUUAUUAUUAUUAUUAUUAUUAUUAUUAUUAUUAUUAUUAUUAUUAUUAUUUCCGUCUCUCCAAGUUAAAUGGUUUCCUACAUGGUGUGUUUACGCAGAUAACCGGAUGUGUCUUUCUUUUAUAUUGUUUAACAUUACACACCGGGAUUGCUGAACUGCAUUGUCAAAAUUAUACAUUUUCUUUAAAAUUAAAUUUUAUUUCCCAAUUUUA